UAGACUUUUUUUUAGGUUUGAAUGUGACUACUAUAAAUACUCGAGCGCUCACGUUUUGAAUCAUAAGCCACUUGUGCUUUGUAGAAUCACGUCUGCGUAAAUCUUCGACGAUGAUUGUCAAACCAAUAGUGGUGCUGUGCUGCCUCGCAGUGGCUGUGCUCGCCAAACCAUCGGAGAAGUAUACCGAAAAAUAUGACAACGUCAACCUUAAGGAGAUUUUGGAGAGCGAUAGAUUGUUAGAGGGGUACUUCCACUGUCUGAUGGAUGAGGGCCCGUGUACCAGCGAAGGCAAGGAAUUAAAGAGUCACAUGCAGGACGCUCUUGAGACAGGCUGCAAAAAGUGUACUAAAGCCCAGGAGUAUGGAGUUUAUACUGUAAUCGACUUCCUACUUACCAAGAAAAGAGAUAUGUGGAAAAAACUCUGUGAGAAGUACGACCCUGAAGGUGUGUGGAGGAAACAGUACGAGGAACGCGCAAAAGAAAAGGGUCUUGUUAUCCCCGAAGACUACCACUUGUGCUUUGUAGAAUCACGUCUGCGUAAAUCUUCGACGAUGAUUGUCAAACCAAUAGUGGUGCUGUGCUGCCUCGCAGUGGCUGUGCUCGCCAAACCAUCGGAGAAGUAUACCGAAAAAUAUGACAACGUCAACCUUAAGGAGAUUUUGGAGAGCGAUAGAUUGUUAGAGGGGUACUUCCACUGUCUGAUGGAUGAGGGCCCGUGUACCAGCGAAGGCAAGGAAUUAAAGAGUCACAUGCAGGACGCUCUUGAGACAGGCUGCAAAAAGUGUACUAAAGCCCAGGAGGAUGGAGUUUAUACUGUAAUCGACUUCCUACUUACCAAGAAAAGAGAUAUGUGGAAAAAACUCUGUGAGAAGUACGACCCCGAAGGUGUGUGGAGGAAGCAGUACGAGGAACGCGCAAAAGAAAAGGGUCUUGUUAUCCCCGAAGACUAAGUCGAAAAAAUUGCCAGCGGUUGUAGUGAUUUUUCUUAUUCAUUUAUGACUUUAAUAAAAUAAUUUUUUUAUGAUUUUUAAUAAAAUAAAUUUUAUGUAAA